AUGUCAUUCUGGCUACUUCUAUACAUCCGACUUCACACACACUUGAAACGCCGAUAAAGGUGGAGGCUGCAGGGAUUGUCAGGAUGGAGCAGAUGCCAGGACUCUGUUGAACCGCUGAGCUGGCUGUGCCUGUGUUGAUCUUCUGGUACAGAGUGUCCUAAAGAGCCCUGCGAGGGGAAGAGACCACAGCAAGUUCUGGGAGCAUACCUGGAGACUGUUUGUAAAACCUGCAGAAAGCUGCUGAGCUCUGGCUUCUACAAAAUAAGAAUGAAGAGACGCAAGUUUCCCUACAAAUGUCCCUCACGAAGAAAAAUCCUAAUCCUGUGUGUUACAGGGUGGCUGAUUGCACUGCUGAAGCUCCUCCAUGUUGAAAGACACUUUUUUCCCUCUAAGGGCAUUUAUUUGGUUGAGCACCUCUUGAGCACUUCUUCUUAUGUUAGAAACAGGUAUUCCUACCUUAAAAAUGAGUUCCAGUAUGAAAUUAAUUGUUCCUCUAUAUAUGAACAAGAUCCCCAUGAAAUUGGCAAGAGUUUAGAGAUAAGAAGAAAAGAGAUAAUUGAUUUAUCUGAUGAAGAUGUGAUAGCAUUGACGAGUGCUUGCCAUGUGUAUCAUUCACUUAGGAAAUACCACCUAAAACCUGUUUCUCCAGAGGAGGAGAGUUUUCCAGUUGCCUAUUCUUUGGUCGUCCACAAAGAUGCAGUAAUGGUAGAAAGGCUCAUACAUUCACUGUACAGUCAUCAAAAUAUUUACUGCAUUCAUUAUGACCAAAAAGCAGCAAAAAGUUUCAAAUCUGCUAUGAAAAAUCUAGCUAAAUGUUUCCCCAAUAUUUUCAUUGCAUCAAAAUUGGAGACAGUGGACUAUGCACAUAUUUCACGGCUGCAAGCAGAUUUAAAUUGUUUGUCCGAUUUGAUGGACUCUUCAGUUCCCUGGAAAUAUGUCAUUAAUUUGUGUGGCCAAGAUUUUCCUUUGAGGUCAAAUUUCGAGUUGGUUGCUGAACUGAAGAAACUUGAUGGAGGAAACAUGCUGGAAACUAUAAAGCCAAGCAGUAGCAAAAGAGAACGAUUUACUUAUCACUAUGAACUUACUAAGGUGCCUUAUGAAUACAUGCAGAUGCCUGUAAAAACCAACAUUUCUAAGAAUCCACCACCUCAUGAUAUUGAGGUAUUUGUAGGUAGUGCCUAUUUUGUUUUGAGCCGUGCAUUUAUUCAAUAUACCCUUGAAAGCUCUCUUGCAAAAGAUUUUUUAGAGUGGUCAAGGGAUACAUACUCUCCAGAUGAACACUUCUGGGCCACUCUUGUACGUGUUCCUGGGGUCCCUGGGGAAGUUCCAAGGUCAGCCCAGGACAUAACAGAUCUACAAAGCAAAACUCGUCUGGUGAAAUGGAAUUAUCUUGAAGACCAUUUGUAUCCUCCCUGCACUGGUACCCACCUUCGCAGUGUCUGCAUUUAUGGGGCUGCAGAAUUAAGAUGGCUUCUGAAUUACGGGCACUGGUUCGCCAACAAGUUUGACUCCAAAGUAGACCCUGUCCUGGUAAAAUGCUUAGCAGAAAAAGUGUCAGAACAACAAAAAGAGUAUGAAACAAAGACCUCUGUAUCUGCUACCUCAAGAAAACUGGAAGUGCCCAUCUCAUGGACUCUAUACCAAGAGAUCAGCAUGACACCAGAUGAGCCGUGUGGCCUCACCUUAAGUCCCAUACUUCCUGUCUGUGGGAGCUAACAAAGAUCUUUGCAAUGUGAAUAUGAAUGGAUGAUAUAAGGGAAACAAGAUCCUUAGAUAAUGCAUUGUCCUUAGAAUCGUUCUCCCAGCUCAUCUGUGCAUUGCUUUUCCUUCUGUGAAGUGCGUGCUCAGGUGCUGUGCCAUGCCUAUGAAAUCAGUGGUGGUUCAUUAUGAACUGUAUAGGCAGUAUAUGAACGUGCCCUAACAGCAGUCUCUGCAGCCCCUUCGGGUAAUUAUCCAUGCCAAAAGAAGUCAAUCUUCAUUUCUGUCUCUGCCUGUAAAAAUAUCCUCCUGUGAAAUCCCAGUCUUCUUGAGACAGUAUGUCUACACACAGUGGAUAACAAGUGCUGUUUCUAAUUUGUGUUCGGCAAUGUGGUGCUAUGUUGAAAUGUAAAAACAUGUUAAGUCAGGUGGUAAUCAUAACAGCCAUAUUGCAGAAAUGAAGACCCUGCGUAGAAAUGUCUUUUUGUGCAAGUCUUGUGGCCUUUCACCACCAUGAUUCCAAGCUGAUGGGUGCCUGAGCAAGCCCUGGUUCAGCUGUAGAGCAACUAUUUUCCAACAGCCUUUGCUUCCCAUUGCUCUCCCAGGUCUCCUGGUAGGGAAGUGGCCUGGAAGCCUCCUUGCAGCUGGGGUCCCCAUGCUGCAGCAUGAGAAGUGUUUCUUAGUGCAGGGGUCUCUGCAGAAAUUCUUGCAACUCAGAAAUGCAUCUUGGCAUUUUGGGGAUUUUUCUGAAAAAUUGCUCUGCCACAAGUUCAGUUUUGGUGGUUCCAGUGGACACUAGGGUAUAGCUUGCUCCAUGCUGCUGUCCUCUUUCUACCCAUUUGGCUUUUAUUAAGGGGUCAAUUCCUAUGAGUGACUUUGGGAUACCUGGUCUUACUAAUCCACAGAUUGCUGCAG